AUGGGCGUGUUUGUGAAGAAGCUCAAUGCGCUCGAACCUCCUGUUCACCCGUUCGAGCUCAUUUGGGUCCGGAUGGUCAUGACAUGGGCUGUCUGUAUCGCAUAUAUGACGGCCGCCAGUGUGCCCGACCCGGUGUUGGGACCCAAGGGCGUCCGUCUUCUCCUUACUCUAAGAGGAGUGUCGGGCUUCAUUGGUCUCUUCGGGACCUACUAUGCCCUUCAAUACCUUUCCCUCUCGGACACCACCGUCCUUUCUUUCUUGACGCCGAUGUGCACAGCGGUAACUGGAGCCCUUUUGUUGAAAGAGGAGAUUACCGCGAAACAGAUGAUGGCGAGCUUGUUCAGCUUCGCGGGUGUUAUCCUGAUCGCGAGGCCGGCGUUCUUGUUUGGGCAGCACGUACAAGACACUCAAGGGGGAGAGGGGGAUCCUGCUCGAACGGUCACUGCAUCUCAAAGACUGGGGGCUGUAGGAGUUGCUUUGUUCGGGGUUAUCGGUCUGACGAGUGCAUACACGACGGUUCGCGCGAUCGGAAAGCGCGCUCACGCUCUGCACAACCUCAGCGCGUUCUCCUCCUUCUGCGUUGUGACCGCGCCGAUCGCUAUGUUGAUCACCCGAACGAAAUUCGUAAUCCCGGACAACGUCCAUCAGCUGCUGUUGAUCCUUGGGGUAAGCGUCUGCGGGUACGGCGCGCAAGUGGCCAUGACUACCGGGCUUCAACGUGAGACAGCGGGGAGAGGGACCAUGGCUAUCUACGUCCAGGUGAUAUUUUCUCUCAUAUUCGAGAAGCUCUUCUUCAACACAACGCCGCCCGUGUUGUCUCUGGUCGGCACCGCCAUAAUCUUAUCGUCCGCCAUAUACGUGGCAGUGAGUGACUUGACGCUUUUUCGUCGUCACUUUGAUUUGAGACUUACUUUUCGACUUUCCAGUUGA